CUUUCACAAGGUUCCGUUACUUCGGGAGUUAGCUUACUUACUGCCAAUCCUUCACCGCAAAAAAACCCAAAGAACAUUCCCACACUCUCUAACCAAUUACCAACAGAAAAACACAGGAAAAAGAUUCCAUCUUUCCUCAAAUCCCCAAUUAGUGACAUGAAACCAUGAAAAGAUCCCAUAAAAAAAUUAUGAAAAGGAGGAGGAAAUUGCAAGAAGGACUGCUGGGAAUUUAAAAAGGCUUUCUUAUGAAACAGUGGGGAGAGAAAUGGUGCAGUCUGAUGGUGAUGAUCCCAUUAAAAAGAAGAGGAGUUUGAUUAUCUAUCCUAAGCUGUAUUAUUUCCCAUUUGUACUUCUUUUAAUCAGAUGUAUUGGGUUCUUCUGCUCCGAAUUUGGUCUCACCCUUGCUGAAGGAGGAAACUUGGUCUACAACAAGGAAAAUGGUAGUAAUUCUAGCCGUUAUGACGAUAAGCAGCACAACUGUUCCUCUCCGGUUGUCGAAAUUGAUGAUAAGAAGGUAAAUCUCUCUGCAAACACUAGUGCUUCUGACAUUCAUGGUGGCCAUCUGGUAAAGCUGGAGUACUCACCUCGGGAAAUUAUUACACUGGAGGUGGUAAUUCUAAAUUUUUUGGGAGAAGGUGAUUUGUCUUGUCAAGUUCAAUCCCUUGACGCGCAUGAUAAGAUCGGAAAAUCAUGGAAUGAGAAAACUCAUUUAGCUUAUCCCAAUUUGGAGGAUUUCAAGAAUAGUACGUGGCAAGCAAAAGGCUUGAGUUCUCGACCACAGAAAGUAAAUAUCACCCAUCGACUCGAGCCAGAUGGAACGCCAUACAACUAUGCCUCAGCUUCCAAGGGCGCUAAAGUGGUUGCUUUUAAUAAGGAUGCCCGUGGUGCAAGUAAUAUUUUAGGGAGGGAUCAUGACAAAUAUCUUCUGAACCCAUGUUCUGCUAAGGAAAAAUAUGUUGUGAUUGAGCUCGCUGACGAAACUUCUAUCGAUGCUGUCAAAAUUGCAAAUUUUGAACAUUAUUCCUCUAACUUCAAGGAAUUCAAAUUACUGGGGAGUUUGGUAUAUCCUACAGACACCUGGAUUUCACUAGGGACUUUUGUUGCUGAAAAUGUCAAGCAUGCUCAAUGUUUUGAGCUGCCUGACCCAGUGAACUCUGUCAGAUACUUGAAGUUGGUCUUGCUUAGCCAUUAUGGGAAAGAGUUUUAUUGUGCCCUAAGUUUUGUAGAGGUAUAUGGCGUUGACGCCAUUGAAGAGAUGCUUGAGGAUCUUAUUGUCCCCCCUCCGGAGUCUAAUACAAAUUCCACGGCAACAUCUUCAAGCUUGCAAACAAGUUCCACCAACCCUAAAGUAGAUGAUGCUGUUCACGGUACUGUUGAACCGGUAGUCAAGCCUGUUGUAAAUGUGAAAGAGGAGGUUAACUUAGAAGUGCCCAAGGCAGCUAUUAACAACAGCCCUGGACCCUCUCAAAAAGCUAAGAAACCGCCUAGCAGAGUUCAUGCAGAUACUGCUUUAAAGGUAUUGUUGCAGCGAGUGAGAUCGCUUGAGUUGAAUCUUUCUGUGCUGGAGGAUUAUAUUAAAGAACUGACAAAAAGGCAGGGAAAUAUUCUCCCUGAGCUUGAGAAAGAGAUGCUGAAAAUAUCGCAGCUUCUUGAGAGCAGCAAAUUGGAGAUAAAAAAUGUCUUGGAAUGGAAAAAAACAAUGGAGAAAGAAACUGCUGGUCUUGAAUCAUGGAAGGCCUCAGUUGUAAAUCAGAUGGGAUCACUAGCCCAGGAAAAUGCACUUCUAAGGUUAGAUUUACCUUGUAAUGCUCUACAAUCGUCACCCUGAUCAUUUAUUCUUUAGUGCAAUACUGCGAUAACUGAGAUAAUUAAGGCAUAUUGAGAGCCAUGGUUUAGUUCUUCUGUCUGGGUUCUUGUUUGUUUAGCCAGGUUUGAGCACUUUAGGGCCUUAGGAGGUUAAUGUAAAGGGUUAUACCUAAACAGAUGCCUUAAAAUUGAGGUGGGAUGGCCUGAAAUGGACUCAGUUCCCUGUAUGUCUUCUUAAACAGAUGGUUCUCGUGAAAGGUUCAAUGUGAGAAAAACAGCCAGAGAUACUAAUCAAUAAAAUAAAGAAACCUUCCAUUUUAGAGGCUCAGGCCAAAAGAGGAGAAAGGGAAGGGGUCGUUAAUUACGGACGAUUAAUUCUCAGGUGCUACAAUAUUCUGUAGUUGUAAAAUUGAUCAAACUCUGCCCUUCAAGAAAAUCAUUGCUUAAGAGGCAAAAGAAACCGCGACCCCGAUGAGAUUUCUGUUUACAAAUUGAUUUGGUUCAAUAAUGGCAUUAUGCUGGAUCUCUUUUCCUCUUUCCAUGGGGAAAAAAAAUUCCAUUUGUUAUUGGUUAGUUUUGAUGAUGCAGAGGAUGGAUAUAUGCUCAGUUUUUAUGCAUAAUCAUGUUUAGGUUUCAGUAAUUUUUUCUGACCUCGAUCUCAUUUGCAGGUUAGAUGUCGAGAAAGUUUUAGCAGAUCAAUCCAGCCAGGAAAUGAAAGAAAUGGUUGUCUUCGUAGUAAGCUUCUCUUUCGCGUGUAUAGCAAUUCUAAAGUUAGUUUUUGAUAGGGUUUUGAUAAUCGUGCAAGCUUCAGAAAAGAUUGCAAACUCGAAUAGAGGGUGGAUUCUAAUAUUUUUGUUUAGUUGUUUGACUGCAUUCAUCAUAUUGCUUUAGAUUUUAGUUCUGUAUAUGUGUCAGAUGAACUGAUGAAGUAUGGAAUCUUAUUUUGCAAAAUUAACACUAUCGCGCAUCUAAUUGUCGAUUUUUUCAUAUUAA